CCUGGCACCACUGGCCGGCCCCGUGUAAGGUUGGCUGGCCCUUAUAUAUCACCGUCGUCAUGGCUGCGCUAAGAGUAUCAUCUUCUCGCUUGUCUACUACCUUUAGGGGUGUUCUGCCUAACCAAGCAAUAGGCAUAUCAACGUCCUCAGCCGUGAAAACGAAAGUAGGAAAGGUGAAGUACCAAAAGACCAGCAAAUCAGGAGUGAGGAAGGAAUCUGACACCUUCGGGGAGUUAGAGGUGCCCAACAGUAAAUAUUAUGGAGCACAAACUGUUCGCUCCGUCAUGAACUUCCCCAUCGGUGGCGAGACAGAACGUAUGCCAUUGCCAGUGAUCAAGGCCUUUGGAGUGUUGAAGAAGGCUGCUGCAGAGGUGAACAAGGAAUUUGGUCUUGAUGCAACUGUUGCUGACACGAUUUCCAAGGCAGCAGAUGAAGUCAUCAGUGGUGAGCUGUAUGAGGACCACUUCCCUCUUGUCAUCUGGCAAACGGGUUCUGGAACACAGUCAAAUAUGAACACCAAUGAAGUGAUUGCCAACCGUGCCAUUGAACUUCUGGGUGGAACACUGGGCUCCAAAUCCCCCGUUCACCCUAAUGAUCAUGUCAACAAGAGUCAGAGCUCAAAUGACACAUACCCCACUGCAAUGCACAUUGCAACUGCUGUUGAAAUUCACAAUACACUUCUGCCUGGCCUGGAGGCCCUACACAACGCUUUAGAUGGCAAAGCCAAAGAGUACGCGGAUAUCAUCAAGAUCGGCCGCACUCACACACAGGACGCCACGCCCCUGACCCUCGGCCAAGAGUUUGGAGGUUAUGCUCAACAGAUAGAGUUUGGCAUCGAACGGGUCAAGGUUUGUCUCCCUCGUGUGUACAUGCUGGCAGCGGGUGGCACGGCUGUAGGUACAGGUCUCAACACCAGGAUCGGUUUUGCUGAGAAAAUUGCUGCCAAGGUAUCAGAACUUACUGGCCUGCCUUUUGUGACUGCCCCUAACAAAUUUGAAGCCUUGGCAGCUCACGAUGCCAUGGUUGAGGUCUCUGGUGCACUGAAUGUGUUGGCUUGUUCCAUCAUGAAAAUUGCCAAUGAUAUCAGGUUCCUUGCCUCAGGUCCUCGAUGUGGCCUGGGAGAGAUCUCACUCCCAGAGAAUGAACCUGGCUCCUCCAUCAUGCCUGGUAAGGUGAACCCAACUCAGUGUGAGGCGAUCACUAUGGUUGCAGCCCAGGUGAUGGGGAACCACGUUGCCGUCACUGUCGGUGGCUCCAACGGUCACUUUGAAUUGAAUGUCUUCAAGCCCAUGAUGGUUGCCAAUGUCCUAAGGUCCAUUCGGCUCAUUGGGGACAGUUGUCAUGCCUUUGUUAACAACUGUGUAGUGGGCAUUGAGGCUAACCGUGAGCAGAUCAACAAGCUUCUGCAUGAAAGUCUUAUGCUUGUCACUGCCCUCAACCCACAUAUUGGAUACGACAAGGCAGCUAAAAUUGCCAAGACAGCUCACAAGGAAGGAGCGACGCUGAAAGAAACUGCACUUAAGCUUGGGUAUUUGACUGAAGAAGAAUUCGAUAAAUGGGUGCGACCAGAAGACAUGCUUGGACCCAAGUAAAAUUAAAUGCCAGAACCUCUGAAAUUUUGUGGAAAAUGACUGUAGCUGACAACCCAUUCUAAGCCUCACUGCACAGUCAUGAUGAUAUUUUGGCUCCUCUGCUACCAAGUCAUUAACUGCUUGAACCUGGAUUUGAACAAUUUCAGCCCACUCAUCAUUACUUUCAAAGGCAUAUUUCAAGAUAGUUUUGACAUAGUCUAAGGUCGUCACCUCACUGACAGACCUCCGUCGUGCAACUGGCUGUCUUCCAUUACAAGCUGCAGUGAUGUGCUCCCCACAAUAAGGACAAUCGUUCUUGAUAUCAAAUGCUGGGGUAUCACACCGUUAGAAGCUCAGCAUCAACAAGUUUUUGCUUCUUAUAAGACUGAAUGGAUUUAAUACGAAUAUAUUCUAAUCUACAUCUUGCCUGCGCCAAAAGUGGUAUUUGUUUUUAUGUAAUUUUACUAUAUAAUCCCGUGUUCAAUACUGGAGUCAAUUACAUGUUGUAGUCCUAUGCUGAGAAUGUGUGUUUCAUCACCAGGAGCAAUACUCCCGUCACAUAAUACAUAGAACUCCAUCAUUCAAUCGUAACUUGUAACAAUGGAAAUAUUCAAAUUAAUAACAAAUAAGUCACAAAUCAAAUGUUUUAGACUAAUUAUAUGAUUUAAGAAGAACACAUCUCUCCCAAUUACCAUAGGAACUUUCACAGUUCAACCAAACCGUGAUAUAAUUUGCCCAAGGCCAGUGGCGACCAUCGUGGACGCCAUCUUUAAUUGUGGAAAUUCCUCAAGGAAUUUUGUGAUGUAAUUUGGAUAUGGUACUAAGAGCAAAAUUCUGCAUCUUUCCUGAAGAUUUCAGCUUUUGACGAAUUAUUUCCAUUUUAAAUCUAAUGCUCCUGGACUACCUCCACUGUCGGCUAACUGUGGACCACAUAAGAACUGUGUAUUCAAUUUUUUAGUUUUUGACCUUAUGCUUAUUAUUUUUUAUUUUGUUUGCACAUUCUCUGUGCACGUAACAGAAUAAAAGAAAA